GCGCCUGUUCUACAGCGUGCCCUGGAAGGGAAUGGUCACGUGUUUGUGGGUCAUGUACACAGGGUUCCUCAUGGAGAUGCAUGUGCAAACCGAGGUGUUUGUGUGUGUUAAAUAGGAAAGAGUCGAUACGUCAUUGCAGAAGGUUGAGUUAAGGUUUGUACCUGUCGUUUGUAGAGAUGAAGGGGCAUUUGAAGCAGAACAGCAAAAAGAAGAAGAGCAAUGUUGUGUUACAUAAGUGCCUGCUGGCUGUGGAUGAGUUUAUUAAAAGCAAAAGUGUCACUGAAGAAGGGGAGAAUGACCAUGGCUUGAGAUUUGUGAAAAAGAAAAGCAGGAAGGACCAACGCAAGGAGAAGCGAAAAAUGAAGAAAGCCAACAUGAAAAGUUAUUAUGAGGGUAAGAAGAUCCUCAGUUUACCCCUCGAUGUGGCUGAAAACAAGGGAGUACUAGCUGAUGGACAGCAGAAAAAGAAGAAAAUGGAGAAAGCAAAGAAAGAAGUGUUGAAAACAAAGUCCAGUAGUGCUACUGCAGAGAAACCAAACGUCUCUAAGACACCACCAUCUUCCAAGAAAGGCAAGAAAAUCAACACGCUUCAAGAAUCGAGAAAGAAGGCCCUUAUGGAGGCAAAUGAAGACGAGGACAGAGAAAUAAAGAAAUUAGAGCGAUACCUGGGAUUAAACAAGAGGAAAAACAAGAAGACUCUCCCUCAGUCCUUUGUGGCGGAUGGGCUGGAUUACAUCCUUGGUGUUCUGGACUCUGGCUCAUCGGCUGCGGGGAUGUAUGAGGAUGAUGACGAUGACAUGGACAUGGCCAAGGAUAAAUUUGAAAAACUUGGUGAGAACGACACUCAGCUCACAGAUGAGGACGAAGAACCUGGAGAUGAGGUGGCGAAUGAAGGCAGUGAUGAAGAUAUGGCUUCAGUUGACGAUGAAAAUGAGGUGGAUGAUGAUGACGAUGAUGAUGAUGAUGACGAUGAUGAUGAUGAAAUGGUUGAGGAGAAGGAGGCUGAGCUGGAUGAGAGUGAUGCAGCUGACUCAGACAAUGAAAAUGAUGGUGAAACAGAGGAAGAAGCAGACACUCGUGAAACAAUGAAAUCCGGCUCAAAUUCAGAAACCGUCAACCCUGCAUCAGGUAAAUACGUGCCGCCUCAAUUGAGAGGCGCUGGAGAUGAAAAACGCAAAGCUGAGCUCGAAAAACUGAAGAGGACCGUGAAAGGCCUGGUGAACAGGCUGAGUGAGCCCAACAUGGCGUCCAUCAGUGGUCAGCUGGAGGAGCUGUACAUGAGCUGCAGCAGGAAGGACAUGAAUGACACCCUGACGGAGGUGCUACUAGCAGCCUGCGUCACCCCGUCCCUGAUGCCUGACAGACUUCUGAUGGAGCACAUCCUGCUGGUCAGCAUCCUCCAUCACGCCGUCGGGUUAGAGGUGGGAGCCAAUUUUCUGGAGACGGUCGUGCGAAAGUUUGACGAGUCGUACAAGAACCCAACUGAGAGCAAAGAAUGCGACAACCUGGUGUCCAUCGUCGGUCACCUCUAUAACUUCCAGGUGGUGCAUUCUGUCCUGAUCUUCGACAUCCUAAAACUUUUUGUCGGAGCCUUCACAGAGAAGGACAUUGAACUAGUUUUGUUAUUGCUGAGGAACGUCGGCUUCGCCCUGAGGAAGGACGACGCUCUGGCUCUCAAGGAGCUCAUCUCUGAGGGCCAACGCAAGGCCUGCGACACGGGGUCCAAGUUUCAGGAUCAGACCAGGGUGCGUUUCAUGCUGGAAACCAUGAUGGCUUUGAAGAACAAUGAUAUGCGGAAGAUCCCAGGCUACGAUCCUGAGCCUAUGGAGAAACUGAGGAAGCUGCAGAGGACGCUGAUCCAGCGGCGUGCAGGAGGCACUGACCUGAAACUGAGGGUGUCUCUGGACAAUCUCCUGGCUGCAGAGCAAGUGGGCCGCUGGUGGAUCGUCGGCUCCUCGUGGAGCGGAGCGCCCAUGAUCGGCGAACAAGCGAACAAGACCUCAAAACAGAAAUCUGCUGAAGGACAGUUUAGUGCCAAAGUCUUGGAGCUGGCUAGGAAACAGAGGAUGAACACUGAGGUCAGAAGAAACAUCUUCUGUGUGAUAAUGACCAGUGAAGAUUACAUGGAUGCAUUUCAGAAACUGCUCAGGAUGGGCCUGAAGGACAAGCAGGAGAGGGAGAUUGUUCACGUUCUGAUGGACUGCUGUCUGCAGGAGAAAACCUUCAACGCCUAUUACGCUGUACUGGGAGAGAAAUUCUGCUCCCAAGAUCGCCGCUUUCAGAUGACUUUCCAGUUCAGCCUGUGGGACAAGUUCAGGGAGCUGUCCAACCUUCAAAGCAGCACCUUUAACAACUUGGUUCAGCUAGUAACCCACUUCCUUCAGAAGAAGUGCCUUUCACUCUCCAUACUCAAAGUAAUAGAGUUUGGUGAACUAGAUAAAUCCACAGUGCGCUUCUUGCGUCAGGUGCUCACCAAACUGCUAAAAGACAUGGAGCCUGAAGACCUCGCCAGCAUCUUUGGAAGGAUUUCAGGAAUUCCCAAGCUAGGAAUGCUGCGAGAGGGCUUGAAGCUGUUCAUCAGCCACUUUCUGCUGAAGAAUGCCCAGUCACAGGGACCAGCUGAGCAAGCAGCGACGCUGUCAGAGCGCGCUCAGGUCGCCACCAAAGCUAUGGAGGCCAAAGAGGCCAAGCUCAAACUGUAAAACACGUACACACACACACACACACACACACACACACACACACACACACACACACACACACACACACACACACA